AGUUGUGGUAGGGUGCGACCCGGAUGGGGGUGUGUAUAUAAGGGUAUGCAGAUGUCACACACUACAACAGACUUCACAGUGUCUCAGCUCCAGUGGAUCUAUCUGCCUUGUACAAUUUUUUUUUCUUCAAAUUAAGUUAAAAAAAGAAGAAGAAAAUGGAAAUCACUACGGCUCCUUAUGAUUACUACGACUACGAGGAGACAGAGAACUCCACUAUGUGCGACUAUUCAGAGUGGGCGCCGUCGUACUCUGUCAUCCCAGUGCUCUACAUGCUCAUCUUCAUCCUUGGCCUCUCAGGGAAUGGGAUCGUCAUCUUCACCGUGUGGAGGGCUCAAGGCAAGCAUCGAGCUGCUGACGUCUACAUUGGCAACCUGGCACUGGCAGACCUCACUUUUGUGGUCACUCUGCCCCUCUGGGCCGUUUAUACCGCCAUGGGCUACCACUGGCCUUUUGGAGUGGCUCUGUGCAAGAUAAGCAGCUACGUGGUGCUUCUCAACAUGUACGCCAGUGUCUUCUGCCUCACCUGCAUGAGCUUCGACCGGUAUUUGGCCAUUGUCCACUCCCUGACCAGCUCCCAGCUGCUCACCCGUCGACACAUUCGAGCCUCCCUCGCAGUCAUCUGGGUGCUGUCUGGUCUGCUGGCUGCCCCCACUCUUCUGUUUCGCACCACCAAGUACGAGCAGCAAACCAACCGAACAUCUUGUGCCAUGGACUUCAGCCUGGUCGUGAGCAUUAAGGAGCAAGAGAACCUGUGGAUCGCUGGUCUCAGCAUCUCCUCCUCGGCUCUUGGCUUUCUCCUUCCCUUCCUGGCGAUGAUGGUGUGCUACUGCUUCAUCGGCUGCACCGUCACCCGCCACUUCAACACCUUGCGUAAGGAGGAUCAGCGUAAAAGGAGACUGCUGAAGAUCAUCACCACCCUGGUAGUGGUGUUUGCUGUCUGCUGGCUGCCCUUCCACCUUGUGAAGACUGCUGAUGCCUUGUCUUACGUAGACUUGGUCCCCGCCACCUGCGACUUCCUGCGCUUCCUGCUUCUGGCUCACCCCUACGCUACCUGCCUGGCCUACGUCAACAGUUGCCUCAACCCCUUCCUUUAUGCCUUCUUUGACCUGCGCUUCAGAUCUCAGUGCCUGUGCCUCCUUAAUCUGAAGAAAUUUCUGCAUGCCAGUCCAAACAGCUCCAUGUCCUCACAGAAGACAGAGGCUCAGUCACUGGCCACAAAGGUGUGACCAGAGCGUGGGAAGAGAUUGAAAGACAAAACUUUGCAGCAUCAUCUGCAAUCGGUUUCAGGGUGUCACCUUUGCCCACUUGCCCCCCACCCUCCAGGCCACUGACUGUGUGGACUUAAGAGGAGUGAAUGUUGUUAUUUGGGGGGAUUGAAUCUCACAGAAACUCCAGACUCUCUUCAAGUGACUGGCCAGUGAAACUGAACAAGGAAAAAUGCAUGAAACUCUGUUAUUUGAGGAAACUCCUGGAAUGCUCAUGAAUUUCUCUUUGAUGUUGUGUGGACUUUGUGAACUGGACUGGACCACCGCUGUUCUUAUUGUCAUUAGUGCGCACUUGAGGAGUUAUCUCCACCGGAUCGGCCGGUGGUAUCUUCCCCAUGUCUGGCUACAUUACGUCUCCAAGUGAGCAUGUAGGAAGGGAGUGCCAGUCUGGAGCGAAGGUGUUGGAGUCAGAUAAGAUGUUGUAAAUUGUAAAUUUGUGUGUGCGUGUGUGUGUGUGUGUGUGUGUGUGUGUGUGUGUGUGUGUGUGUGUGUGUGUGUGUGUGUGUGUGUGUGUGUGUGUGUGUGUGUGUGUGUGUGUGUGUGUGAGAGAGAGAGAGAGAGAGAGAGAGAGACGGGGUGUGGAGAGUGGCUGGGGGGCUGGUUGCCUGCAGACAGACCAGACAGACAAACAGAUGGCAGCUGACAAAUGGUUUCAGGUUGGUGAAAGGUCCAAUUAAAAGGUGACUACUUUGACAGUCAUCUCAGUGUGAGGGUAUGAGUUUUGUGCUUGUGUGUGUGGAUGGUGAAUGUCUCCGAAUUUCCUCCUGACAGCAACAUGAAAGAAUUUUGUAAAUACAUUAUUUUUGAUUUGUAUUAAAAGAAAAGGUGCUCUGAAGAAACAAA